AUGGAUGUAGCUGCUGCUAGAGGACACUUGGACGUGUUGGACGCUCUGAAACCGUGGCCAGCCGAUAUUACCAGGGCGUUCACUGCGGCGGCGGCUCGUGGAAUUGUUCAUGUGUUGGAGAUGUUUAGCGAAUACUGUGAUGCGAACGAUGGAUGCAAUUUUCGGGCCACGACGGCUUUGAAGGAGGCCGCAGAGCGCGGUGAUACUACCAUGAUCGGUCUUGCUCGAAUGGUGCCGCGAAGGCCUAAACGAAAUGGAGCGCCAAAGGCUCGAUCUAUUUCUUUACGGUUCAACGCAAAUGCAGCGAUUAAGGGCGAUGUCAGGAUGAUUGAGCUGCUUGCCGAGCACUGUUCGUCGUGUGUGUUCGAGUGUGGCCUGGAGCAAGCCGCAAACUCUACCGCAAGUCGUGAGAUGGUGCAGCUGCUUCUUGAUCUUUGUGUCGCGAAAAGUUCAAGUCCGAUACUACUGAGUAGUGCCGUGGGCAGGGCCCUGUUGGCUGCCGCGGAGAACAACCGCAUCGAUUUGGUCCAAAUAUUCGCGGGGAGAAGUGAAAUCCGCUCCAAGUGGAAUGCGCUGGUUAAAGCAGCAGCAGAAGAGCAGAUUGAGCUGAUCGAGGCUCUAGCGGGGUGGUUUGAUGAGAUAUCGAUCGCGGAAGCGCUGGCCAGACUCCCGCGCGAUGUGAACGUCGCCGUCUCGUGA